AUGGAGAAAUUCUAUGCCUAUUAUUGUAGAAUCAAGGGAAGCAUUCCCGAUGCAUUUGGGAAUUUGAGCAAUCUAUUGACUUUGAGUCUACAUGGAAAUCAAUUGAGUGGACCCCUUCCCAUCGGAGUGAAACACUUGCAAAAACUCCAAGGUUUAAGUUUGACAUCCAAUCAACUGAGUGGUUCAAUUCCAAAUAGUCUUUGCGAGUUAAAGAGCUUAUACAAAUUGUAUCUGACAUCAAAUCAGCUUCGUGGGUCAAUACCAUCAUGCUUAAGCAAUGUUAGUUCGCUGAGAGAAGUUUUCUUUGAUGGAAACUUCUUUAACUCAAGCAUUCCUACUAGCUUGUGGAACCUCACUGACCUCUUGUAUUUGGAUUUGUCCUCUAAUUUACUGGGUGGCUCACUACCUCAAGAAGUUCAAAAUUUGAAGGCAAUAACACUAUUGGGUCUGUCAAGAAAUCAUCUUAGUGGGAAUGUUCCAAGUUCCAUUGGAGGUUUGCAAAGUCUAGCCAACCUUUCUUUAGCACAAAAUAAGUUUGAGGGACCUAUUCCAGACUCACUCGGUCAUAUUACAAGCUUGGAGGUUUUGGACCUAUCCAAUAAUAAUCUAUCAGGUCCAAUCCCAAAGUCCUUGGAGGUACUCUCAUAUCUCACUCAUCUUAAUCUUUCUUUCAACCACUUAAGAGGAGAAAUUCCCUCUGGUGGUCCUUUUGAGAACUUCACAUACGAAUCGUUCAUGUAUAAUGAUGAAUUGUGUGGCGCCCAAAGAUUUCAUGUUCCUCCAUGUUGGGGUCACAAAAAAGUAUUUCACAUGUUAGGCAUUAUAUUGAGUAUAACAGCAGCAGUAAUUGCUGUUGCAACUGUUGCAAUUUUACUUUUAAGAUGCCAAAGGAAGAAUGAGGUUUCAAGAAAUGCUGAUUUGUUGCCCAUGGGACUGGCGAGAAGGAUUUCAUAUUAUGAACUUGUCCAAGCAACCAAUGACUAUGAUGAAAGUAAUUUACUUGGCAAAGGAAGUUUUGGAUCUGUAUACAAAGGUACUUUAACAGAUGGGACAGUUGUUGCUGUGAAAGUUUUCACUUUCCUCUUAGAAGUCACUUCUAGGAGUUUUGAUACGGAAUGUGAAGUUCUACGCAACCUUCGCCACAGAAACCUGAUCAAAGUGAUUGGUAGUUGCUCUAACCUAGACUUCAAAGCCUUAGUGCUUGAAUAUAUGCCCAAUGGGAGCCUUGAGAAAUGGUUAUAUUCCCACAACCAUUGCUUGGAUUUAGUGCAAAGAAUAAGCAUGAUGGCGGAUGUUGCUUCGGCAUUGGAAUAUCUCCAUUUUGGCUAUGUAACACCAGUGGUUCAUUGUGAUUUGAAGCCUAGUAACAUAUUGCUUGACGAACAUAUGGUUGCGCAUGUAAGUGAUUUUGGUAUUGCAAGAUUCUUGGAUGAGAGAAACAGUGUUAUGCAUACCAAGACCCUUGCAACACUUGGAUAUAUGGCACCAGAGUUUGGACUUGAAGGCCUAGUGUCAACAAGAAUUGAUGUGUAUAGUUUUGGCAUAAUUUUGAUGGAAACAUUUUCAAGAAUGAAGCCUAGUGAUGAGAUAUUCAAAGAAGAUUUGACCCUGAAGAAUUGGAUAGAAGAAUCUGUACCUAAUGCAACAGUUCAGGUUAUAGAUGGCAACUUACUCAGGCAACAAGAUAAGCAUUUCAAUGAGAAAUUGGAGUGUGUUUCAAUGAUCUUCAAAUUAGCUCUAAGUUGCUGCACCGAAUGCCCACAAGAUCGGAUCAAUAUGAAAGAAGUUGUGGCAGCACUUAAGAAGAUAAAACGUCAACUUGACUCUUUAUUGGAUACCUGA